CUGCCCGCGAUGGUGGCAGGGCUGCUGGGCGGCGGCGGCGGGGCCCGCGCGGGGACCGUGCCGGGCGCCUGGCUGUGCCUGAUGGCGCUGCUGCAGCUGCUGGGCUCGGCGCCGCGGGGCUCGGGGCUGGCGCACGGCCGCCGCCUCAUCUGCUGGCAGGCGCUGCUGCAGUGCCAGGGGGAGCCGGAGUGCAGCUACGCCUACAACCAGUACGCCGAGGCGUGCGCGCCCGUACUGGCGCAGCGCGGCGGGGGCGACGCGCCGGAGGCCGCUGCCGCCGCCGCCGCCGCCUUCCCGGCCUCGGCCGCCUCGUUCUCGUCGCGCUGGCGCUGCCCGAGCCACUGCAUCUCGGCGCUCAUUCAGCUCAACCACACGCGCCGCGGGCCCGCCCUGGAAGACUGUGACUGCGCGCAGGACGAGAACUGCAAGUCCACCAAGCGCGCCAUUGAGCCGUGCCUGCCCCGGACGAGCAGCGGCGGCGCGGGCGGCCCGGGCGCGGGCGGGGUCAUGGGCUGCACCGAGGCCCGGCGGCGCUGCGACCGCGACAGCCGCUGCAACCUGGCCCUCAGCCGCUACCUGACCUACUGCGGCAAGCUCUUCAACGGGCUGCGCUGCACCGACGAGUGCCGCACGGUCAUCGAGGACAUGCUGGCCGUGCCCAAGGCGGCGCUGCUCAACGACUGCGUGUGCGACGGCCUGGAGCGGCCCAUCUGUGAGUCGGUCAAGGAGAACAUGGCCCGCCUGUGCUUCGGUGCUGAGCUGGGUAACGGCCCGGGCAGCAGCGGCUCGGACGGGGGCCUGGACGACUACUACGACGAGGACUACGACGACGAGCAGCGCGCCGGGGGCGCUGGCGGCGAGCAGCCGCUGGACGAUGACGACGGCGUCCCGCACCCGGCGCGCCCGGGCGGCGGCGCUGCAGCCACGGGCGGCCGCGGGGACCUGCCCUACGGGCCGGGGCGCAGGAGCAGCGGCGGCGGUCGCUCGGCGCCCGGAGGCGCUUGGACCCCGCUCGCCUCCAUCUUGCUGCCGCUGCUGCCGCUGCUCUUUUAGCCCUGGAGUCCCCCGCCGUGGGCUGCGGGAGGGCCUGCGCCGGGGCACCUGUGGCACGGGGACCGAGGGGAUGGUUUGGAUACUUUCCAAAGCGUGUACUAAGUAGACUCUGCCUAGCGGGUCUCUCCUGCACGACUCUUGGCACUUCUCCCGUGUCCUCUCCCGAGCAUGACUUCUUGGACAUCCUCCCCCUCCCAUUCCAGGCUCCAGAAACUCCCAGCUCGUCUGCCCAGAGGAAACCGGCCUAGCUAGAGUUUAGGAUGCCGGGGAUGGAAUGGGGGAGGCGGGGGUGGGUG